UUAGCUGAUUUCCAAAGUAAAAACCAGCCAAAGGCCCAAAAAGUAGCCCAAAUCCAUACCUUGGCUUUUUUGUACUUUCAAAAACCGCCCGGAUUUUAAAUUAAUAGCCCAAUUUGGCUGGAAACCAGCCAACCUGUCAACCCUGAAAGGGGACAUAUACCAUAAUUUUUUACUCCUCAUUAAUCCAUUCCUCAAACCAUAAAAUUGAAGGGAACAUGUUAUAUUAUGUACCUUUAGGUUCAACUUAAGGGGUUAAUUGCUUGAAAACUGAAGUCGCCCCUCCCUCUCUCAAGACUUCCUGUGCUGAGAUCCAUACAGACUUUGUGCGGCCGUCGGCCGUCUCUUGCUUUCCCCAGCUAUCCACAGCCACUGAGAAGGACAGGGCGUGCAGGCAUGGGCGGGGCUAUUUGCUGACAUCAUCUUGACGCCUCGUCACAUUAGGGUCCUUCACAGUACUGCUAUUCUCCCCACCCUGCUUUGGAUGUAUACCCCUCCCUUGAGAAAAAAAAAAACGAAUCCAUUUGUCUGCAGAUUCCGGAUCUUCCCUUACCAGCUCUCCCUCCCUGGAUAUCGCUCCUCUCAGUUACCGGCUCUUGCUUCCUCUCUUAUCAGCUUUCACCCUGCCUGGCUCUCACUCCCCAGCGCGCUCAUUCUAAGGCUCCCCCUUCUCCUUACAGCACAGAUAACAGAAAUGCUUGACAGUUCUUGAUUUUUGUUGUUUCUCCUUUCUGUGUGCGUGCAUGUGUCUGUGUGUAAGGGGGAGAGCCUUUUGAAGCAGACAGACCGGCAACAAAAAUCAAGCGUUUCUGCUAACUUGUUAUCUGUGCUGUGGAAUUUGCGAGCUGGGGAGUGAGAGAGCUGUGAGGGAGGGGAAGCGAGAGCCAGGCAUGGAGAAAGCUGCUAAGGGAGAGGGAGCAAAAGCUGGUAACAAGAGGGGAUUGAGAGCCAGGGUGGGAGAAAGCUGCUAAGGGAGAGGGGAGAGAAGUGGUAAGGGAGAAGUAAUGAGAGCAGGUAAGGGAGGGAGAGUCAGAGAGGGAAGAAGAUACCUUUGGCAAUAAAAAUGACACCCUGCAAUAAAAAAAAUGUAUAUUGGUAGUGCAGCCACAAUAAUGCUCAGGAUAGCAUAUCUAAACACCACUUAAUUUUUUUUAUCAACCCUCUGCAACCAUUUUGUCUUUCUAUGUUGGUAUCAAGUAGUGGAAUUCCACAUUUUUUAGUAACAACUUCUUCCACUUAUUUCAGCACAACUGCUGGGGAUUUCUUUCUGUUACAAGAAGAUCAGGCAGCAGCAAAGACAGCUAUGUGCAGCUGGGAACAGGCAGUGGGAGGGGAGGGGUUCUCCGAGCUAAAACAGAUUUCAGCCUGUCAGUCAGUGAUGUGACCAUUUCCUGUGAGAGAAUGAACAGACACUCCCACACCUCAUUUCAGCUUAGACUCUGAGCAGUAAGGAUCUCUCUGCAGCUCUGAUAUAGUGACAGUUUAAGAGGACUUUUCAUUUUUGACAUACAUGAAUUAAAUAUAAGACUUUAUUUUAUAAACCUUUGAACCAAUGAUCCGGUGCUUGAAAGAAGAAGUACGAUACAGGCUACGUUCUGGAGUCACCAUCAAUUCAGUUGGGCAGUGUGUUGAGGAACUGGUCUUAAACAGCAUUGAUGCUCUUUCAACAUGUAUUGCUGUGCGCAUUGAUUUGGAAACUGUCAGAAUCCAAGUAGUGGAUAAUGGCUGUGGAUUAUGCCAAGAAGAUAUGGAUAGUUUGGGCAUGCGCUAUUAUACAAGCAAAUGCCAUUCCCUAAAUGACUUGGAAAACUUAAAGUUUCAUGGUUUUCGGGGGGAAGCCAUUGCAAGCAUUGCCAAUGUUUCUAGCAUAGUGGAAGUAUCAUCUAAAUGCAAGAAUGCAUCAAAAACAUUUUAUAAACUUAUCCAGAAUGGAAAACUACUUAGUGUGCAAGAAGCAGAUACCAGCAGGCCAAGUGCAGGUACUACAUUUUCAGUUUACAAUCUUUUCUAUAACUUGCCAGUUAGAAGGAAAUGCAUGGACCAAACUGUUGAAUUUGAGAAUAUACGCCAGAGAGUGGAAUCUCUGUCUCUCAUACACCCUUCAGUUUCUUUCUCAUUGAAAAAUGACUCUAUGCAUUCUGUAGUUUUGCAGUUGGCCAAAACCAAGGAUGUACGUUCUCGUUUUUGUCAGAUUUAUGGGUUGCCUAGAUCUCAAAAGCUUUGUGAGAUCCAGCAUAAAGUGAAGGAGUUUGACAUGUGGGGUUAUAUCAGCUGUGAAGCCCAUUACAACAAAAGAAUGCAAUAUCUGUAUGUUAACAAAAGACUUGUUUUGAAAACAAAACUGCAUCAGCUUAUCGAUUUUUUAUUAAGAAAAGAAAGUUCAAUCUGCAAACCUAAAAAUAUAAAUGUAGGAAAAUCAAGUAGUCCCGGUAGAAGUCGUUCAUGUCAAGAGCUUCAUGGAAUCUUUGUAAUAAAUAUUUAUUGCCAUUAUUCAGAAUAUGAUGUUUGCUUUGAGCCAGCAAAAACAUUAAUUGAAUUCAAGGAUUGGGACACUGUAUUGCACUGUGUUGAAGAAGGCACUAGGGCAUUCUUAAAGAGAGAGAAAUUAUAUGUAGAGCCACUCAAAGAAGAUGCACUUGGAAGUGUUGAUAGUAACAACUUUAUCUCUUCUUGCAGUGAUUUUCAAUUGGUGAAAAAGCAAGAUAUAGAGGUUUUUAAGAAUGCAUUUUGUAAUGUAAGACACAAUUAUGAAGAUACAAUUCUUCAGUCAAAACCAGUGUGCAGACAUGUUACUGUUAACACACAAGUUUUAAAAGUUAAUGAUAGUAUUCAUGAUGACACAAGUGAAACAACAUGCGGCUCUCUUCUUGAAUGUAACACUGAUAAAAUAGCGAAUCCGGGUGGAUUUUCUCCCAUAAACUGCAGUGAAAAUGAAUUUUGCGUGGCACCCACCACUAAAUGUCAGAAAGACACCAGUGAGAGAUGUAAUGUAGAUAUUUUCAGUCCUGCUGAAUGUUCAGAAUUACCAAAUAAUUCAUGUAGUGCUGUGAUACAAAAAGAUGCAUCUGAAACUAUGGAAAAUGAAAACUCUGUCCAGGAAAAACAAACUGAUGAACAAUAUUCAACUGAACAAUGCAAUACUCAGCCUGCUGCUACAUCUUAUAAGAUAGCUAUUGCCAAUACAGAGGAGACAAGUAAUGGGAAAGUGUUUAAUAUGGCUACUAAAGAUACAUCUCAUUAUAACAUGGAUAAUAAUGUCCCACUGAUAAAGAAUAACUACAAGGAUUUAACAGUUACUAAAUCAUCCAACUGCUUCGAACGCCUACAUGAUGCAUGUCCAGAUCCAAACCCCAUUAUGCACUCCAAUAAAGUUGAAAGUCUGUUUAAAUUAUUCUCCAGGCCAGGUCCUGUAAGCGCCCAAGAAAUAUUUAAAAAUAAUAUACAUGCUUUAAAUAGUAGUACCAGCCCAAAUAGUGAAGGCAGUUUGCCAUCAUAUAUCACAACCACAGAAAAAACAAAACCAUAUUUAACAAUAUCAAAGAACAUCUCUUAUGGUCAUGCAGAAGCUAGUACGAAAAGCUCAAGUUCUGCAAAGAAAAAUGGCACUCGACCAUUGGGUUUAGUUGCACAAACUGAAUCUUUGGAGUCAUUUAAGCAGUAUUAUGGAAAAUUGCAAACAUCAACUUCUUGCCUGUCUGUCCCUGCUACUGCAACUUCAGAUACAUCCGUGUACGUAAAACAAAGUGACCUCAAUGUGCCUCAAAACAACAGCUCAAAAUUUCCUCAUUACAGUGAGGUGGUAGCAGAAAAUCUUACAUCUACAAAUAAUCUAAUGGUUCAGUUUUCAGUGAACAAACUCAGUUCAGAAGAAAGUCUAAUACCAAAAGGCCAGAAGACUGAAAGCCAUGACCCACAGCAACCCAAAGAGAGUCCUUUAACCUUGCCACACUAUGAAAGCCUGAAGCAGAAUAGAUCAAGUACACAAAUCACUUUUGGCUCAUUGGCAGCAAAGCUGAGCAAACUUAAGCAAAGAGAAAAGGUGGAUUCAUUUGUGGAUUCCACAAAUCCUAAGGAUAUUCUUGAUGUUUUAGUGCAUUCAGAUGACAAAACGACAGAUGUUGAUAGCCAAAGAGCAAUACAAAUUUCUGAUCCUGGAAAAAUGCAGAACAGCACAGUUAUGAAAUUUCCAGAACUUUGUCAAACACAAGUUGUGAAUGCAAGCAUAUCCAAUUUAAAUGAGUGUAGUAGCUUUAAAGUACCACUUGCUGAUCCUUCAUUAAGCUGUAGUGAAGAUUCUGGUGGCUUUGUCUCUUCUGAUUGGUUUCAGUGUUAUGAAGGGUCUCUUGGAAAAUAUGUUUUCAUUAACACAGCGACAGGACUGAGCAGUUACAUCAGUCCAAAGGUGGAUGGAAGCACUAUCUGCACAAAAGAUUUAACUACCACAGCUGUGAACAUAGUUUGCAAUAAUGGUUUUCAGUACCAGUGUUAUCCUUUUAGGAGCAAUGCCCUUGUGCCAUUUCUUCCUAGGCCACGUGAAGAAAGAGCACAUGCAAAACUUAAUGCAGAUAAUGAUACAGAGAGUGGUAACCUAAAGUCCCUGUUCUCAAAAUGGGAAAAUCCAGUGUAUGCCCGCCAUCCUGUGGUGGCUGUAGAUGUGAGCAGGGGACAGACAAAUACUUUGGCAGUGAAAAUUCACAAUAUAUUGUAUCCAUAUCGUUUCACAAAGGAAAUGAUGCACUCUGUGAAGGUUCUUCAGCAGGUGGACAAUAAAUUCAUUGCUUGUUUGAUGAGCACAGAGAUGAAGGCGGGAUCAGAGCAAGAUGGGAAUCUCCUUGUGCUGGUGGAUCAGCAUGCUGCUCAUGAACGUGUCCGUCUUGAACAACUUAUUGCAGAUUCAUAUGAGUCAGGCCCAGAGGAUGAUGCUGGAAGAAGACAACUGAAGACCUCUAUUAUCAGUCCUCCACUGGAGCUAAAUGUGACAGAGAUGCAGUACCGGCUUCUUAGGGUCCUUGCUAGGAGUUCCCAAAAUAUUGGCCUGUCUCUGUCAUUUCCUGAUACCCCAGGUACACUUGUAUUGGUGUCAGCAGUCCCUGUGUGUUUUGUAGAGAGAGAAGCCAAUGAAAUACAUCGUGGAAGAUCAACAGUAGCCAAAAACCUUGUGCAGGAGUUUCUGCAAGAACAGGUUGAGCUGUUGCAGAUGACAGGAAGAGCAAGUGGUACCAUUCCACUGACAGUACUGAAGGUUUUGGCAUCACAAGCUUGUCAUGGUGCUGUCAAAUUUAAUGACAAGCUCAGUUUGGAUGAUUGCAAGCACCUGAUGCAAUGCCUGUCACGUUGCAGCCUUCCCUUUCAGUGUGCGCAUGGGAGACCAGCAAUUUUACCACUUGCAGACAUGCUGCAUCUUGAGUCUUGUGACCAGUUCCUGGCAAAACCUAAUCUUAAAAAUCUGAAGAGACAGCGCAGUGCCUGGGAGCUGACUGAAGGGAACCAUCUUACCACUCCACAUAGCCAAGACACACAGCCUACCAGCCCAAAAAAGGUAGCAACACAGCAGCCAAAUAAUUCAUUGACUAAUGAAACAAUGAAGGUCGUCAUUGAAGAGGUAAUGGCUUCAUCUAACACUGAGGAUUCAUGAACUUCUAACGUUCAGUGGUAAGGAAUUUAUAGCAAUUCCCAGCAUCCUCUCAAACCAGGACAUGAAACUAAAAUAACUUUCAUGAAUGUAUAAAUUAUUGAUUUUUAAACACUCAUUCAGUACAUAUGCAAACCUUAAACACAGAUUGGGAAAACAAUAAAAAAAACUAAACUGG